AUGAAAGAUUCUGUAAAGUGUGAAGAUGCAGCAGCUGAGAGUCCAGUGGCGUCAAACACCACGCCAACACAUGAUGCGCCGCCAGAGACAUCAGAGACAUCAGCAGACACCAAGGCAGUAGACACCUCAGAGCCAAUGGUAGAGGCAGAGACAGAGUCAGCCAACAACACCAACACAGACAACAACAACAACAACACAGACAAAGAUGAAGAAAUGGAUACAGAGACAACAUCUACUUCCAACUCAUCCAACUCAAACAACAACUCUGAAGCCAAUGCUAAUACCAAUGCUGCAAAUGCUGCAAAUGAUACUACCGAUUCUACCAAUGCUGAAGCAACAACAGCAUCGUCAAAGUUGAACUUGGAUGUAAAGAUGGAGGAGGAGAAGCAUCAUGAGCAACAACAUCAACAACAAAAGUCCGUGUUGAAUAAGGUGAAGAGUUCUAUAAGCAAUGUGUUGAACAACUCUGUCGAUGAACUGAACUCAUCGGCUUCGGUACUGUCCGGUCUACAUAAUGGAUUGAGUCAUCACACCAUGAAGAGCAAACAGCAUGAUAUAUUGCUGACAUCACCCAAUCCAAUGGCAUCGUUGGGUACUAUUGGCGCAGACGAUGAUGGCGAUCAAGAUGGCGGUGGAUUCGUCGUUGACGAGGGCGAUGAUAACACUAGUGCCACAAUCAAUCCUGGCAGCAACAACGGCGCUGGCGGCAACAACAAUCUAAGCAUCAGCGAGAGUGGCUCUGACAUUCCUUCGCUCUCCAACGUCCUGGCCAACAUAUCGGGCAACACAACAACGGCGCCAUCAUCGGACGCCACACUCAUUCCCACUCCUGUAGAUAGUCAACUUGAACAACAACAACAACAGAUGCAAUCACUGCUGCAGCCACAGUCAUCCAUCGCCAAACCAACACCAUCCAUAUUGUCAUAUAAGGUCACUGCCGGCGCAGCAGUGGCAGCGGGUUCGCCCUCGAACAACAACACACCAUCUUCACCAUUGGUUUCUUCGGCGCCAUCCACGCCACUCUCUGAUACCAAGCAAGCACCCAACUCUGACCAGGUGGGCACGCAGACCUGCACACAUCCCCAGCACGAAGCCUGGUGGGGCACCAGUCCUGAGUUGCCCACGACCGAGUUCUACAAUCGCUCCUACAAGUGCAAGAAGUGCUACAUCCGACAGCAGACCGAGAGCAAGAAGCUGAGACAGAGCCAGCAACAGCAACAAAAGGCCACCCUUACCGCCGCAGCUCCAGGAGCUGUGGCACCCAAUGUAGCUGCUGGAUUCCCUGUCGCCGCUGGCACGACGCCAACCACGCCAGUCACCACCAAGAGUCCAAAGAAAUCGAGCUCCAAGAAGAAGCGUGCAGCAGCGGAGGAGGAACAGCGCAAGCUACAGCAGCAACAACAACAGCAACAACAGCAACAACAACAACAACUUCAACAACUUCAACAACAACAUCAACAACAUCAGCAACAACAAGCACAGCUGCAGAUCUAUCAGCCACCCGAGCUAACAAUCGACAAGAAGGUGGAGAUGUUCCAUCAGAUAUGUCAACAGCAUUUCAUUUCACUCACUGAUCACAAUAACCCAUGUGAUGGAUAUAUCAGUGGUUUCUUGUCGGGCAAGAUAGACGACAUCUUUGGCUCAUGUAAGGUACAGGGCAACAUCAAUGGACCGGGAUUCACAGCUGAGGUCUUUAUCAAUGGCAAGCGAUAUAGAGGAUUGGUGUUUGAGGAACCGAAGAGCUCGAAUAAUCAAAGCCACCUCCAGACAUCGACGGCGACCUCGGCACACAACUUGGCGAUGGCUGGUGCCGCAGGUGGCAGCAGCGGUGGCGGUGGCGAGAGUCUGCUCUCCCAGCUGCAGCACGCUUCCUCGAUCAAUCCGUACCAACACCAUCAUCAGUCACACAUCCUGGCGUCACAUCAUCCCGACAGUUACAACGCCUACAAUGACAUCAGCUUGAUCCUGCAUGGAACAAGUGCCGGUGCCAGCGCAAGCGCCAGUGCCAGUGGCGGCGGAGGUGGCGGUGGUCUGCACCAUCAACAGUGGCCAAACAACAACAAUGGCCAACUAAUGAGCUCGAUCAAUCAGACGCUGGACCAGCACCACAUGCAACAACAGCUACAACAGCAGCAGUAUUUCCAGCAGCACCAUCAUCAUCAACCGACGCAGCAACAGGCCAGCAAGAAGCACAAAGGAAAUCCAAGCUCGUAG